UACGGCCUGGACAGGACCAAACGGCUGCCUGCAGUGUACCUGUAAUCCCCUGGGCACACUGCCUGGAGGAAGCCCAUGUGACAUGGACACAGGAAACUGCUUCUGCAAACGCCUUGUCACCGCCAGGAACUGUGACCGGUGUCUGCCGCAACACUGGGGCCUGAGUAAUGACAUGGACGGCUGCAGACCAUGUGACUGCGACCAGGGCGGAGCCCUCAACAAUGAUUGUUCUCCGAUAUCAGGCCAGUGUCAGUGUCGAGAACACAUGUAUGGGAGGCGUUGUGACCAGGUGGAGUCAGGAUWCUACUUCAUCGCCCUGGACCACUACACCUAUGAGGCUGAGGACGCCAAGCACGGCCCUGGUGUGACGGUGGUUCCCAGGCCCUCUCCUCCYAACCYUAGUCCUACCUGGACAGGGGCGGGGUUUGUCAAGGUACCUGAGGGAGCCCACCUGGAGUUCCACAUCAACAACCUACCUGACUCCAUGGACUACGACAUGCUGAUCCGCUAUGAACCACAG